UGGCAGGAGCCGCCUCGUCAUUUCCGCCAGGAGAAAAAGACACCGGCGCGGCAGCCGCGGCCGCCGAGAGCCGCGGGAGCCGCUGGGCACGGGAGCGGGCAGAGUCGAGCCAGAGCCCCGCUCGCCGCCGCCAGGGACCGACCUCUCGGCGGGGCCGUCAGCCGCCGCCGCUGCCCGCGGGUUCGCGGGGGCGGGAGGCGUCGGAGCGUGCCGCCCCCUUCUCCCCCUUCCUCCUCCUCCUCCCCCUCCCCGCCGAGCCGGCAACAUGAACUGAAAUCCCCAGAGAGGCACAGAAGCGGCGAGCGAGCGAGCGAGCGAGCGGAGCGAAGGCAAGCGGGGAUAUAGCGGCUCUCUGCUCCGCCGCCGGGAUUCCGGGCAGCGCGGUCCCUCCGCCCCGCACAGCCUCGCCCCUCACCCGGAGAGCGGCGGCCGCCCGAGCCCCGCGCCCCCGAGCCGCCCAUGGCCCUCAUCAUGGAGCCCGUCAGUAAGUGGUCGCCGAGCCAGGUCGUCGACUGGAUGAAAGGUCUUGAUGAUUGCCUGCAGCAAUAUAUAAAGAACUUUGAGAGAGAGAAGAUUAGUGGUGACCAGCUAUUACGAAUUACUCAUCAGGAACUGGAAGAUCUUGGAGUCACACGAAUUGGCCAUCAGGAGCUUAUCUUGGAAGCAGUAGACUUGCUCUGUGCACUGGUAAAUUUCUUGGGGCAAAUGGGGAGGGGUGAACAGGGUUCACAUAUUCACACUUUCUGUGCUCAAACUGUUACUCCUAAAGACUUAUCUAAGCAGCUCAAGAAACUCCUGAUUUAUUUUCUGACAUCAGUAGUGGAUCUGAUUGGAGCAGCUAAAAGUCUUCUGGCUUGGUUGGACAGAUCACCUUUUGCUGCUGUCACAGAUUACUCAGUAACAAGAAAUAAUGUCAUACAACUAUGUCUGGAACUAACAACAAUAGUACAACAGGAUUGCACAGUAUACGAAACAGAGAACAAAAUUCUUCAUGUGUGUAAAACUCUCUCUGGCGUCUGUGAUCACAUUAUCUCGCUCUCUUCUGAUCCACUGGUUUCCCAGUCUGCCCAUCUUGAGGUGAUCCAGCUUACAAACAUCAAGCCAAGUGAAGGGCUGGGUAUGUACAUUAAGUCAACAUAUGAUGGUCUUCAUGUAAUUACUGGAACAACAGAAAAUUCACCUGCAGAUCGGUGCAAGAAAAUCCAUGCUGGGGAUGAAGUGAUUCAAGUUAACCACCAAACUGUGGUGGGGUGGCAGUUGAAAAAUUUGGUGAAUGCACUACGAGAGGAUCCGAGUGGUGUUAUCUUAACUUUGAAAAAGCGACCUCAGAGCAUGCUUACCUCAGCACCAGCUUUACUGAAAAAUAUGAGAUGGAAGCCCCUUGCUCUGCAGCCUCUUAUUCCUAGAAGCCCUACAAGCAGUGUUGCUACUCCAUCCAGCACUAUCAGCACACCUACAAAAAGAGACAGCUCUGCCCUUCAGGAUCUCUACAUACCCCCUCCUCCAACAGAACCUUAUGUUCCAAGGGAUGAAAAGGGUAAUCUCCCCUGUGAUGAUGUUGGCAGACAUAUAGUGGGGAAACCGGUUCAUACAGGAUCUGAAUCUCCAAACUCAUUUCUGGACCAAGAAUAUCGGAAACGCUUUAAUGUGGUUGAAGAAGAUGCAGUUUUGUACUGCUAUGAGUAUGAGAAAGGAAGAACAAGUGGUCCUGGGAGGAGAGAGAGCACACCGACAUAUGGGAAGCUGAGGCCUAUUUCUAUGCCAGUAGAAUACAACUGGGUGGGAGAUUAUGAAGACCCCAAUAAAAUUAAAAGAGAUACUAGGAGAGAAAAUUCAUUGCUUCGCUAUAUGAGCAAUGAGAAAAUAGGUCAAGAAGACUACAUGUUUCAAAGGAAUAGCAAAAAGGAUACUGGGAAAAAGUCCAAAAAGAAGGGAGACAAGAGUAGUAGUCCAAGUCAUUACUCACUGUUGCCUAGUUUACAAAUGGAGUCAUUGAGACAAGAAGUCAUGGGCACACCUGGACCAGAAACUGCUUUGUACCAUACAUUUCAGCAGUCUUCUCUACAGCAGAAAAGUAAAAAGAAGAACAAAGCUCCUAUUCCUGGUAAAAGCAAAAGACGGAUCUCAUGUAAAGAUCUUGGUCGAGGGGACUGUGAAGGCUGGCUUUGGAAAAAGAAAGAUGCCAAGAGUUAUUUCUCCCAAAAAUGGAAGAAGUACUGGUUUGUCUUGAAGGACACAUCUCUAUAUUGGUAUAUCAAUGAAGAGGAUGAAAAAGCAGAAGGAUUCAUCAGUCUACCUGAAUUUAAAAUUGACAGAGCCAGUGAAUGCCGCAAGAAAUAUGCAUUCAAAGCCUGCCAUCCUAAGAUCAAAAGUUUUUAUUUUGCUGCUGAACAUCUAGAUGAUAUGAACAGAUGGCUCAACAGAAUUAACAUGCUUGCUGCUGGCUAUGCAGAAAGAGAGAGGAUCAAACAAGAGCAAGAUUACUGGAGUGAGAGUGACAAGGAGGAGGCUGACACUCCAUCAACACCGAAGCAGGACAGCCCCCCGCCCCCGUACGACACGUACCCACGGCCACCUUCAAUGAGCUGCACGAGCCCCUACGUGGAGCCCAAGCACAGCCGCCUGUCGUCCACGGAGACGUCGCAGUCGCAGUCGUCCCACGAGGAGUUCCGCCCGGAGGUGGCGGGGAGCGCCACCGAGUCCCCGGUGCGCAAGACGGCGAGCCAGCGGCGCUCCUGGCAGGACCUCAUCGAGACGCCGCUCACGAGCUCGGGACUGCACUACCUGCAGACGCUGCCGCUGGAGGACUCCGUGUUCUCCGAGGUGGCCGUGGUGUCCCCCGAGCACCGGCGGCAGUCCACCUUGCCCACCCAGAAGUGCCACCUGCAAGACCACUACGGCCCCUUCCCCCUGGUGGAGGGCGAGCGGAUGCAAGUGCUGAACGGGAAUGGGGGAAAGCCCCGAAGUUUCACUCUGCCUCGGGACAGCGGCUUCAACCACUGCUGCCAGAGCCUCUCAGUCGGCGCUGCCGACCACCACGAAGAAGCACAGCAGAAGGAGGAGGAGGAGGAGGAGGAGGAGGAGGAAGCGGAAGGCAAAGCGGCAGAAGAAAACCAGGAAGAUAAAAUUGAAACUGUAGAGGAAAAAACAGCAGACUCCUUGCAAGAUUUGUACAGAGCCUUGGAGCAGGCCAGCCUGUCUCCUUUAGGAGAACACCGGAUUUCCACUAAGCUGGAGUAUAAGAAAUCUUUUAUAAAGAGAUGUAGCGAUCCAGUAGUCAAUGAAAAACUGCACCAGCUGCGAAUUCUGAAAAGCACUUUAAAGGCCAGGGAAGGAGAAGUAGCCAUUAUAGAUAAAGUUCUGGAUAAUCCAGCCUUGACGUCUAGAGACUUUCAAGAAUGGAAAGAAAUGUACCUUGAUCUCUUCAUGAACACCUAUGAAAGCAGCCCACGGAGGGACUCUGUUAAUGGCUCCUCUGAGGUUGAAGCACUUAUAGCCUCGUUGGCACACACUCACUCUUACAUAGAAACUCAUGUAUGAAAGUCUCUCUUUUUGUCCAUUUGCUACACCCCAGCCCUUUACUUAAGUGCAGAAAGUAGUUUUUAUAUCAAUAUGUGAGAGCUCUAGUAAAUUAUAUUUUAAUGUUACUCAGCUGUGUGAAACUUUCAGUGGUCAAUGAUACCACUUCUUUAAUGAGGAUUUGUAUAUUUUAUAAGCUACCAAUGCUCUGCUUGUGUUUACUUUCUGUGAAUUAAAAAAACAUGAUCUUUAGCUAUUGAAAAAAAGUAUGUAAAAGCAUUUUUGGAAGACUGUGGCCUUCAUGCAGGAAGUUCCACAUGCUAUAAAGCUUUUGUUAUCAAAGGUCAGUUUUACAAUGAUAUUUUAUAUUAUAUAAUUCCAGUAUUGCAUUGCAUUUUUGGAGUGCAGGUACUGUUUUGGUGGUGGGAGAAAACCAAUUUUUAUAUUUAAUGAGAAACUCUAGGAGUUUUCUUAAAUAACAGGGGGAAAGUAUAAUGCAGUGGUUGUAUUUCAGUUUUGUCAAACAUAUAAAAUGGUGAAAAUCAGCAGACAAAAAGUAACUAAUGUGAGUUUAAGUGUCAAAAGGUCAGGUCUUAUUUCCUUGUGCUUUUUUUAAAGCCUCUUGCUAAGGUUUACCAUCACUGCAAAGGAAUGCUGGUUUGUAUUAAAUUAAGACCAAAUUGUGUGUUGUCUCUUAAUCACAUUAGGUUGAUUAAAAAAAAAUAGUCAUGGUACUGUGAUUGAUGAUGCUUUUGCACUGAAGGUAUCAGUAUAAUGUGCAGAUUUGCAAAAGGGAAAAUGUAGACUUUCAACAUCGUUGGUAGCAGCGUUUCUUUAGCCCUGAACAGCAGCAGUGGAAAAGGUUUGCAAUGAAAUGCUUCAAAUCUGAGAUGCUUUGAAGAUUCCCACAAUAGAAAAGGAGUGAAUUGGAUUUUUCAAGUAGUUUCCUAUGUGUUUUCUCAGCUGUGAAAUUUGGCUGUAUUGUAUGCAGGGAUUAUGUCUGAUGAGAGCAGAAUUGAGCAUGGAACCUGAAAAAUAACCAAGGAGUAAAAAAGCCUCUGGUUUGCUUUUGAAGGGGAAGGGAUGUCUCUGGGUUCUGCUGAGUUCACAAGGCAAUUAAAAUGUUUUAAACUUCCAUGAGAUUUGUUAUCUGCUAAAGACAACCCAGUGAAUAUGAGGGGAAAUAGCUCCUUAGAGUUAGGCACAUGCCUGAAAUAAAAGUGUGAGAGAACUCUUAAAUCAUAUAUUUACUUUUUAUGAACUUGGUUUUAAAAAAUGUUAAGAGCAUGACAAAGUAUUUCUGCUGCUCUUCAGUAUUUUGCUGCAUAAGUUAGGACUCAUGAUUUAAUAGUGCUCAUGUGGAAAGGAAAAGCCUCCUGUAUACUUUCAUGAGUUGUACUCUUAACCAACAUGAGACUAUUGCCUGUACAGCUCAGUGAAUGUACUUUAAACUUUAUGAACUCUGAUAUUUCCUGGCAGUUAUAUCCAUGAAGGGAUGAAGGAAAGAAUGGACAGAAAUCCUUUCUUUCUUUCUUUCUUUCUUUC